AUGCAGGUGCUUCAAGGCUUUGUGUCAUUCAGGGAUGUGGCUGUGAACUUCACUGAGGAAGAAUGGGGAGAAGACCCUGUGCAGAGAGUCUUGUACAGGGAUGUGAUGCUGGAGAACUAUAGGAACCUGGUCUCCUUGUAUUUGGAGACCAGAAAAUUAAACCCAAAGAAUGUAUCUUCUGAAGAGGAAUCAUACCAAGAGAUAAAAAAUACUGGAGAGAAGUCUUAUGAAGAUAAGAAAGGCUAUACCUCGGACUCAUAUCUUACCAAACAUCAUCAUCGUGUUCAUGGUGGGAAGGAAUAUAAUGUGCAUGAAAGAGCCUUAAUUCAGAAUAUACCAUUUAUCCAGCAUCAGAGAAGCCAACAUGGAAAGAAACCUUAUGAAUGUAGUGAAUGGAGAAAAACUUUUGGCAAUUAUUCAGCCCUAACAGUGCAUCAGAGAAUUCAUACUGGAGAGAAACCGUAUGAAUGCAGUGAAUGUGGGAAAGCCUUUUAUCAUAGUGCCUCUCUCCUUCAACACCAGAGAAUCCAUGCUGGAGAGAAGCCCCAUGAAUGGCAUGAAUGCGGGAAGGCUUUUAUUCAGAUAGUGCACUUUAUUCAACACCAGUGAAUUCAUGCUGGAGAGAAACCUUACGAAUGUAACAGAUGUGGUAAAGCCUUCAGUCACAAUUCAUCCCGUAUUGAACAUCAGUUUAUUCAUACUGGAGAGAAGCCCUAUGAAUGCAGCAAAUAUGGGAAAGCCUUUAGCCACAGUUCGUCCCUAAUCGUCCAUCAGUUUACUCACACUGGAGAGAAACCCUAUGAAUGCAGUGAAUGUGGCAAGGUCAUUAGCCAGAGCUCACACCUCUAUCAACAUCAGAGAACUCACACUGGAGAGAAACCUUAGACCUGUAAUGUCUGUGCGAAAGCCUUUAGUGAUCGAUCAGCCCUUAUUCGCCAUCAGAGAACUCAUACUGGAGAAAAACCCUGCAAGUGUAGAGAAUGUGGUAAAGCUUUCAGUCAGAGCUCAACUCUCAUAAAACAUACAAAAAUACACACCGGAGAGAAACCUUACACCUGUAGAGAUUGUGGGAAAGCGUUCAGCCAGAGUUCAUCUCUUACUCAGCACCAGAAGAUUCAUACUCGAGAGAAACCAUUUGACUGUCCUGAGUGUGGUAAAACCUUCAGUAGAAGUGCCCAUCUUACUCAACAUCAGAGGAUUCACACUGGGGAGAAACCCUGCGAGUGUAAUGAGUGUGGGAGAGCUUUCAGGUGUAGUUCAGCCCUCAUUAGGCACCAGAGACUUCAUAGUGGAGAAUCACUCUGAGUGCCUGGUCAUCCAGACUCUUCACUUUGCUAAAUACCAAAGAAUCAUACUUUCAUGGGUGAUUAUAAUUGUGAUCCCCCCUUUUUUUUUUCUGAGCACGGAAAAUGCUCUCUUCCCAUUUCCCCCUGCAAAUAAUUAGUUACAACAUCUAAUCCACAAAUCCACAGGAAGAAACACUGAUCUGAAACCUGGAAUAGCCCAAAAGACUCCAACCGUCAGACUUUCUAUGCAUGUAUGUGUGUAUUUUCAUCUGUACCUGAAAAUGAGUAAUGUCACUAGGAAGUGAUUUGUUUUUCCUGGCCCCAGGGAUAGGCUAUUCCAACACAUAAAGGAAUUCCAGUUCAAAAUUGAGCUCAUUGCUCCUCCUUGUACUGACUGGAAUAUUGCCAUGUCCAAGUUAAAUAGAUUCAUGGUUGAUCAUAUAUUUGAAUACCACCUUUCUAUGAAUCUUUGCCUUCAUAUACAAUUAUUCCUACCCCUAGCAAUACUGUCUUCACUAAAAGGGCCCCUUUGAACUCUCCCUUCUCAUUAACUUUCCUAUCCUACUUCCAGUGCUUAUAUAAUGUUAGCUACAGCUUGAAGUUCAACAGGGCUUGAGCUUCAGAGCCGAAAAGCACAACUGAAGAUCGAGGGGAAAAAAGGAUUUUUGUUCUGAAAAUUGUAAGACACAAUACUCUGAUGGAAUGGUGACAUCUGGAAAUAAUUAUUGAAAUACAUGAAAUUUUUAGUAACCAUUAGAAACUCAAGGUGGGGGGGGGAAGUCCUUCAUAAGUGUUAUUAGAAACAGAGCUCUUAAAAUAACGUGCGUUAACAUUCUAGGUAGCAAGGUCCUUUCAAAAGCUUUUCUUCCCUGGAAUCCGUAGUUUGGCUUGUAGGGAAACAUUUAUCCUUCCUCCCGAGGCCUCAUCCUUGAUAACCUGGUUUAGAACAAGUUUAUGUUGUCAAUACGAACUUACGUGGUUAAAACUGCUUAUGGUUGACCUACUCAUGUUGAAUAAAGGGAGAAUUAAUAUAAA